AUGGCUCCGUAUUUCGAAACCGUAAAGGCAAAUGUGGCUAUAACAUCAUCUGGCGUACCGACCAAAGACUUCCUCGAGGCGUCGGAUGGGUUGGUCCAGCUCUUCGAUCUAUUCGGAUCGGCCGUCUUUGGCUUCGUGCAGAACGAUAUCAAGGGCAACGUCCACGGCGUCCGAACACGAUUCAACGCCGCUCCGGACGUCUUGCAGACCCUCGAGUCUCUCCUCGAGCACGACACCCCCGAACCACAUCAUCACGGCCAUGGGCAUAAAGGGCACGGACACGCGACGGGGUGUUUGAUUCGGCUCCUCCGCGGCCUCGCAUUCACGCAGCUUGCGCUCCAGAACAUGCAGAACGACCCGCACGCCGAGCUCCACAUCUGCUUCAAGAAGGCGUACGACGUCGUUUUGAAGCACCAUCACGCAUUCUUCGUGCGGAGCGUCGUCGCGGUCGCCAUCCGCGCAGUCCCCUACCGCGCCGACUUCUACGCGCGCCUCCUCCAGGGCGGCGACCGCGCCAAGCUCGACGCGGAGCUCGGCAAGUGGCUGCACGGCCUCGACGCCGUCGUCCGGCACAUGAGCGCGGUCGUGGAGAAGGGCGGGUAUGGGAAGGUGUAG